AUGUGCGACCACAACGUCCCGAGUGCCGUGCCUGGGUCAAGAUCAGCAAGCUCAUCAACAUCACAACCUACAGAUUUGCAGAGUAAUUUGGAUGAGCUUGCAGCACCCCCUCCCGUAUACGAUACAUCAGAGAGACCAGUGAGACAGCAUGAUUACCUCGAAAAUCACCAUUCACGACAUGACGGGAAUACCCUUCAGCAAGCCCAAGAGGCUAUACCAGACCCCGAUUUGGUAGACACAUCGAGGAAGACCGAAAAACGACCAUUGCUAAAGAUACCACGCCUUACUUAUACCAUUGGAUAUCUCAUAUUUUUCUCUUUUGUCGGUACAAUCUUGCGACUGGCCAUCGAAUGCCUGACUUUCUAUCCCGGCUCCCCAGUCAACACGAGCGUGCUCUGGGCCAACGUAGGUGGGAGUUUAAUCAUGGGAUUUUUAAGCGAAGACCAAGAACUUUUUCGCAUCGAUGAAUCAAAUGAUCGCCAAUCUGCAAUGAAGCAUAAAAAGACCAUCCCUCUGUUCAUCGGGCUAACAACUGGGUUCUGCGGCAGCCUUACGUCCUUUUCUACGUUCAUUCGAGAUGUGUUCUUAGCUCUUUCAAACGACCUCCCUGUACCCCUGGGCUCAUACCAAAACGUGUCGCUAUUUUCUUCUGCCCCGUUCGGCGCAUCCGCCCCCAACGGAGGUUUUAGCUUUAUGGCAUUAGUAGCUGUCCUACUUACUGAAAUCGGCCUCUCGCUCUCCAGUUUAAUUCUAGGAGCGCAUCUCGCUAUCGGAACAUCUGCUUGUAUGCCUACUCUUUCUCAGUGGUGGAUAAAGAAAAUUAUUAAUCCCAUUGUGUUUGUUGUUGCAAUCUCAACGUGGAUUAUUGUCAUCUGCCUUGCAGCAUUGCUAGCAAAAGGCUCAACAACGGUCACACUCUGGAGUACAGAGAUGUGGAGGGGCCCAGCUUUGUUUGCUCUCGUUUUUGCUCCACUUGGCACACUAGUACGAUUCUUUGUGUCGCUAAAGCUUAAUGCUAGGAUUGCGUCGUUCCCAUUGGGUACAUUUAUUGUAAAUGUGGGAGGCACGAUGGUGUUGGGUAUGGCAUAUUCGCUACAGCAUGCUUCCGUAAGCGGAGCAAGCUUUGCUGGCUGCCAGGUUCUACAAGGGAUAAUGGAUGGGUUCUGUGGCUGUCUGACAACAGUUAGUACGUGGGUCUUGGAGUUGUCGUCUCUUCGCAAGCGCCAUGCGUAUUUAUAUGCGGUUAUGAGCGUCGCGGUUGCUCUAUGUGCCCUUGUGGUUGAAAUUGGAAGCCUGAAAUGGACAAGGGGUCUUGUUACUCCCUCAUGCUUCAGAGGCAGUUAA